AUGGCCACCCUCCCGCCGGCGGCCGCCGCCCCCGCGGGGCUCCCCGGCUCCCCGACGUCGCCGCCCCCUCCCUUUCCCGAGCCCCCGUCCCCCAUCCCGCCGUCGCCGGCGGCCCCGGGCCCCGGCGUCUCCUUCCACAUCCAAAUCGGGCUGACCCGGGAGGUGGUGUUACUGCCGGCCGCCUCCGAGCUCGCUCACGUCAAACAGCUCGCCUGCUCCAUCGUGGACCAAAAGUUCCCGGAAUGCGGCUUCUACGGCCUCUACGACAAAAUCCUGCUCUUCAAGCACGACCCCGCCUCGGCCAACCUGCUGCAGCUCGUGCGCUCCGCCAACGACAUCCAGGAGGGCGACCUGGUGGAGGUGGUGCUGAGCGCCACUGCUACCUUUGAGGAUUUUCAGAUCCGCCCUCACGCCCUCAACGUCCACUCGUACCGCGCUCCGGCCUUCUGCGACCACUGCGGGGAGAUGCUCUUCGGCCUCGUCCGCCAGGGCCUCAAGUGUGACGGCUGCGGGUUGAACUACCACAAGCGAUGUGCCUUCAACAUCCCCAACAACUGCAGCGGUGCCCGCAAGCGGCGCCUGUCCUCCACCUCCCUCGUCAGCAGUCAGUCCCUGCGCCUUCUCACCACUGAAUCCCUGCCCUGUGGCACCGACGAGCUGACCCGCAGCUCCACUGAGUCCUUCCUGCGCCGCCCGGCCUCUUCCUCCUCCUACAUGGGCCGCCCCAUCGAGCUGGACAAACUGCUGUUGUCCAAAGUCAAGGUCCCGCACACCUUCCUGAUCCACAGCUACACUCGACCCACCGUCUGCCAGGCCUGCAAGAAGCUGCUCAAGGGCCUCUUCCGGCAGGGCCUGCAGUGCAAAGAUUGCAAGUUUAACUGCCACAAGCGCUGCGCCAUCCGAGUCCCCAAUGACUGCCUGGGGGAGACCUUACUCAAUGGAGACGUGCCUAUGGAGGAUGCCAGUGACUUCAGUGACUCCGACAAGAGUUCUCUGAUGGACGAGUCAGACGAUUCGGGAGUCAUCCCCGGCUCCCACGCGGAGAACGAGCUGCGGGCCGCUGAGGAGGAGGGCGACGACAACAAGGCCCAGAGCUCCAUGGGCUACAUCCCAUUGAUGCGCGUGGUCCAGUCGGUGAGGCACACGACCCGCAAGUCCAGUACAACGCUCAAAGAAGGCUGGGUCGUCCACUACAGUAACAAAGACACCUUGAGGAAGCGACAUUACUGGCGUCUGGACUGCAAGUGCAUCACCUUGUUCCAGAACAACACAGCCAACCGCUACUACCGGGAGAUCCCACUCUCGGAGAUCCUGGCUGUGGAGCCGGCUCAGAACUUCAGCCUCGUGCCCCCGGGCACCAACCCCCACUGUUUCGAGAUCGUCACCGCCAAUGCCACCUACUUUGUGGGCGAGACCCCCGCCGCGGCCCCCGGCGGGCCCAACCCCUGCGGACCGGGGGCAGAGACGGGCCGGGGCUGGGAGAGCGCCAUCCGCCAGGCCCUGAUGCCCGUCAUCCUGCAGGACGCUCCCAGCGCGCCCGGCCACGUGCCACACCGACAAGCGUCUCUGAGCAUCUCCGUAUCUAACAGCCAGAUCCAGGAGAAUGUGGAUAUCGCCACCGUCUACCAGAUCUUCCCGGAUGAAGUGCUGGGGUCCGGGCAGUUUGGAGUCGUUUACGGAGGAAAACAUCGGAAGACGGGCCGGGACGUGGCGGUGAAGGUGAUUGACAAACUGCGCUUCCCCACCAAGCAGGAGAGCCAGCUGCGCAACGAGGUUGCCAUCCUGCAGAACCUGCGUCACCAGGGAAUCGUAAACCUGGAGUGCAUGUUCGAGACACCGGAGAAGGUGUUUGUGGUGAUGGAGAAGCUGCACGGAGACAUGCUGGAGAUGAUCUUGUCCAGCGAGAAGGGGCGGCUCCCGGAGAGGCUGACCAAGUUCCUCAUCACCCAGAUCCUGGUGGCCCUGCGGCACCUGCACUUCAAGAACAUCGUUCACUGCGACCUGAAACCAGAGAACGUCCUGCUAGCCUCUGCUGACCCCUUCCCCCAGGUGAAACUCUGUGACUUUGGCUUCGCCCGUAUCAUCGGGGAGAAGUCAUUUCGGCGGUCGGUGGUGGGCACCCCGGCCUACUUGGCGCCCGAGGUCCUGCUCAACCAGGGCUACAACCGGUCCCUGGACAUGUGGUCCGUGGGCGUCAUCAUGUACGUCAGCCUUAGUGGCACCUUCCCCUUCAACGAGGACGAGGACAUCAGCGACCAGAUCCAGAACGCUGCCUUCAUGUACCCCUCCAGCCCCUGGCGCCAGAUCUCCGCCGAAGCCAUCGACUUGAUCAACAACUUGCUGCAGGUGAAGAUGCGCAAACGCUACAGCGUGGACAAGUCCCUGAGCCACCCUUGGCUCCAGGACUACCAGACCUGGCUGGACCUGCGGGACCUGGAGGGCAAGAUGGGCGAGUGUUACAUCACUCACGAGAGCGAUGAUGCCCGGUGGGAGCGCUUUGCCGAGGAAUACGGCCUGCCCUACCCCUCACACCUCCGGGGACGGGGCCAGGGGCAGGAGGAAGAGGAUGGGGACGGGGAGCGGGAGGGAGGCCGGGGCAGGCAGUCGGAGGACCGUGAGAUGCAGGGGCUGACAGAGCGGGUCAGCAUCCUGUGA